AUGUCUUAUCCCGAAGACGUCAAGCAAGACUUAUCUGAAUCCGAGAAGCAAGUCAACCUCAAGGAGCUUGAGGCGGUAGCCCUUCCCGAGUUCGAUGACCCCAACAUCGACAAGGACGAAGCUAUCGCGGGCGUCCUUGAGGACGACUCCCCCUACCCAGAGGUCCGGUCCGCCGUCGCCAACACAGAUGACCCCGACAUUCCUGUGAACACCGUCCGCGCCUGGGUUCUUGGUUUGAUCUGGGCCAUCAUCGUCCCUGGCCUGAAUCAAUUCUUCUUCUUCCGCUAUCCCUCCGUCCAGGUCACUGCUAUUGUCGCCCAACUUUUGAUCUUCCCUAUGGGAAGACUUUGGGCAAGGGUUGUGCCCAACGUUAAGAUCUUUGGCUUUGAGCUCAACCCUGGUCCAUUCUCGAUGAAGGAACAUGUGCUCGCUACAAUUAUGGCCUCAGUUGGUGCCGGCAGUGCAUACGCUACGGAUAUCGUCGCCGUCCAGAGGGUCUUCUACAACCAGACGUAUAACUUCAGCUACCAAUGGAUGAUCGUCAUGUCCACCCAGCUCAUCGGUUUCUCGAUUGGUGGUAUCGCUCGUCGCUUCCUGGUACAGCCUCCCUCGAUGAUCUGGCCAGCAAACCUCGUCGUUUGCGCGCUUUUUAACACGCUCCACGCCCAGACUUAUGCUGGGAUUGGAAAUCGUGGCGGUAUGAGCCGCGAAAGAUUCUUUUUCUACGGUUUCGCCGCCUCCACAGUCUGGUAUCUCUUCCCGGGAUACCUUUUCCAGGCCCUCUCCUACUUCUCUUGGGUCUGCUGGAUCGCUCCGGACAACGUUCCCGUCAACCAGAUGUUCGGCUACGUUCAUGGAAUGGGUAUGAGUCUCGUCACUUUCGAUUGGGCUCAAAUUGCAUAUAUCGGUUCACCCCUCGCUACUCCCUGGUGGGCCGAGGCUAACAUCGCCGCUGGAUUCGUCUUCUUCUAUUGUCAGGUUCCUGACACCGGUUCUUUAUGUAAGUUCAGAUCUUUUCAUGUCUCAAUCUGCGAUUCUCAAGGAGAUCUUCGACGACACAAUCAGUAUACGAAUGCCUGGAGCAGCAAGUACAUGCCAAUUUCAUCCCGCGGGUCGUUCGAUCAUUUCGGCAAAACCUAUAACGUCUCCAGGAUCAUCAAUGCCGACUCCACCUUUAACGAAGUAGAAUAUCAGGCCUAUAGCCCGCUGUUCCUGUCCACGACCUUCGCCAUUUCAUACGGCCUGUCUUUUGCGUCAAUCACGGCUACACUCACGCACGCCUUCCUCUAUUUCCGCAAACAAAUCUAUACACAUGCUCGCCGUGCCAUGAAUGAGCAGCCCGAUAUCCACGCCCGCCUUAUGUCCCGCUACCCCCAGGUACCGGAAUGGUGGUACGCUACAAUCUUCCUGACCAUGUUCGCGUUUGGUGUUGUCGCCAUCCAAGUUUGGGAAACCAAAUUCCCCGUUCAAUACUUCAUCCUUGCCUUGGUUAUCUCUUUCGUCUAUGUUAUCCCUAUCGGCAUGAUCCAAGCCAUUACUAACCAGCAAGUCGGUCUCAACGUCAUCACUGAGCUCAUCAUCGGUUAUGCCCUCCCUGGCCGCCCCAUCGCCAUGAUGAUGUUCAAGACUUGGGGAUACAUCACAAUGGCCCAAGCCUUGGCCUUUACCUCCGAUUUCAAGCUUGGCCACUACAUGAAGAUUCCUCCUCGGGCUAUGUUCUGGUCCCAAGUCAUCGCCACUGUUGUUGCUGGCACCGUCCAACUCGGUGUCCAAGCGUGGAUGUUCACCAACAUUCCCGACAUGUGUGAUCCAGCUCAGAAGGACGGAUUCAUUUGCCCAUCGACAGAAGUAUUCGGUACUGCCAGUAUCAUCUGGGGUGUCAUUGGUCCGGCUCGCCAAUUCUCCAAGGGACAAGUCUACUACGCUCUCCUCUUCUUCUUCCUGGUCGGCCUUGCCGCACCUAUCUUCACCUACCUCCUCAGCUUGAAGUUCCCGAACAGCUGGCUGCGCUACCUUAACUUCCCCGUAAUCUUCUCUGGUACUGGUUACAUCCCCCCUGCGAGCGCCGUCAACUACGUUCCCUGGGCCAUCGUUGGAUUCGUCUUCCAAUACGUUAUCCGCAGGCGUCAUUUCUCGUGGUGGACCAAGUACAACUACGUUCUGUCCGCUGCCCUCGAUUCCGGCGUUGCUAUCUCGGCCGUCUUGAUCUUCUUCAUCCUUCAAUACCCCAAGAACGGCGAGAUUGGCCUCAACAACGUGCAAGUUUGGUGGGGGAACACCGUACCAUUCAACACCGCCGACGCGAAGGGCACUCCCAUGCUGAAGCUUUCAAAGGGCGAAUUCUUUGGACCGACGAGUUGGUAA